AAGUGGUGUCCGGGGCUUCAGUGUAGGCGGAGAGAAAGUGUCACCAAUGAUUGUUGAGCUAAAAUGUAGGACAUAAACGGUGUGUUAUUUAUCUCCACGGAGAGUGUUAUUAAGCGUUGAUGUUGAGAAGGUUAUCAAUACUAAUUGCAUGAAUUCACGAUCACCAAAAAUAACACAGAGAGGUGAGAUAGUAGCGUGUAACAGUUAGUAUAGAUUGGUGCAACGGUCAAUUACAUGCGUGUUUGUAACACUGUGUAAUAUGAUCCUGGUUAAGGAUACAUUGUGAAGGACAGUUCAGUUUAAAAGUAGGUCAUGACAACAUGUCGUAACUUCCUAUUAUUAAUUAAUUUAUGACGGGAGUUUAGAAAUUAACGUCAAAAUGAGGAUAAAUGAGAAAAGUUUGGCCAAAUUCGCCAGCAGCGGGGCACCUGCAGACAAGGAAGGGUAUCUGUUGAAGAAAGGGGAGCUCAACAAAGGCUACCAGAAAAGAUACUUUGUGUUAAAAGGGAAUCUACUCUUUUAUUAUGAGAAAAGAUAUGACAAAGAACCCGUCGGUGUUAUAGUGUUGGAGGGCUGCACAAUUGAGCUUUCUGAAAACAUUGAUGGAUUUGCAUUUCAAGUUGUUUUUCCAAAGACAGGGUGUCGAACAUAUCACAUGGCAGCAGAUUCUCAGGAAGAAAUGGAGGCCUGGAUGAAAGUGAUGUCUUGUGCCAGUUAUGACUACAUGAAAUUGAUGGUGGCGGAAUUAAGGCAACAGUUGGAUGAAUUAAAAGAAAACAGUCAACAGCAGUUGUUAGAGAAUGCCAUGAGAGAUAGCCACUUGGUCUUGUCCAGUUAUUCGUCCAUGGAGGACUCGGAUGAGCGAACCUCAAUGAAAUCAAAUCAACGACAUGUCAGGUUUAACCCUUUCAAUGACCCUAGUUCUCAAAACAAAAGUGAAAGUAGGCAUUUAUUUGACACUUUAGAUGAUGAACAUACACAUGUGGCUAAGGGGCCACCUAAAUCAUUUUUGCAGCUUCAUGAAGAAUAUGGGCAACAGGUGAAAACACUUGGUGAACUUUGGAGAGGAAGCUUUACAGAGAGACCAGCAUCUGCUUUUGAGCUGUCACAUUCUUUAUGCUAGCUAACUUUUGAAUUAUUGUUUUCCUCUUGUGGUGGUUUUUAUCUGUAUUUACAGCAUAAUCAACUCUUGUUCUUAGAUGGGAUUUUUUAAAAAGACAAUCAAAUAACAGGCUAUUUAAUGAUAGUAAUCAUAUGUGGUGCUUUAAUAUAAUGUUAUCUGUAUGAUUUGUUUAUAUGAAAUGGAUUGGAUUGGAUAUGAUUGAACUGUACAUGUAUGCUUGCUCCUAGGUAACAGAUUUCAUUUGACGUGUGUUUGAAAAUACCAUAUUGUUUAUAUAGUUAAUUAUUUUUAAACAAAUCUGUUGAAGAAUGUGUAAUGAAAAGGAAGAAAAACUAGAAUGAAAACUAAUUCCUGUAUGAUCAAGAAGUAAUUACAUGUAAAGGUAUCAUUGCUCAAUUUUAAUUUUCUGUAGCAUUAUAGAAGCCAAUGGCUGUGUUCACUGUUCUUUUCAUUAAUUAAAAUGAAAGUUUGAAAACCA